GCCGGCAGCGUCCGUACCGAGAGCGGGGCGCAGAGCGGGGCUGCGAGCGCUCCCUGCUCUGAAUUGUAACUUCGGGAGAGAGACGGUGCUGAGAGCGAGCGGAGCCUGGGCUUUACUCGUAUAAUUAGCGUUUAAGGAAGGUUAUGAAACAAGGCAUCGAGAGCCCUCAAAACACGGAUGGCACGGCGCGGCUGUUGGAGCUCAGAACUGCUUACAAAGCGAUCUUUGGCCGCUUGGCUCUGAGCGAGCAAACCACGCGGCUGCCGAGCGGCUCCUGGUGCUGCUGACACAGAGCGAGAGCCCACCUGUCCGAGCUGAAAACGUCAGAAUUAACACACUAGAACUAAGCACAAGACUCAUCUCCAGGCUUUCAAUGACUCGCUUUGUUCCAAACGAUUUUAAAAAUUCUUGGUUCUGGAGAAUGCUACCAGGAACGGCAGCAAGAGCAUUUCUGUCUGACCGCAGGAAUGUUACAUAUUUGGAAAGGAAGGCUACCUCCAUCCGUACAGCCUCGUGCCGACAGAAAGCAGGCUGGGGUCAGUGCUGCAACCAGAUCUGUGCUGGCCGCGCUGAGCCGAAGAUACCGCCCUGUUGUAACUCAUUUGCUCUGUUCCUGGGGAUCCAGCCCAGCCUCAUUACUACUUUUUUAGCACAGGCUGAACUGUCAGCGUGAUUUUACUGACAAACCUGUUCUGACAUCCUACUGCCAGUGCAUACGGACGGUGUAGGAUUCCUGUAGGGGACGGACAGUGAACUACUGUCUUAUUUUAACCAACUCUUUUAAUUAAUUGAUAUUUCUCAGUAUACAGUGUUAUGUCCCUUCUACUUUUCUAAGCAAUGCUUAUUAAAUGAGGUAUUACAGGUUGGCACUGUCCUUCAGUAUCAAUGAUAUCCUGCAGCUCUCCUUUGGCAGAUACGUUGCCCAGACUUUUAAAUAAAUUACUAUUUAUAAAUUACUUUUAAAUAAAUUACUCAAGGCUUUUGUUAGCGUUAGUGAAGCUCUGUACAGAUGUAAGAAUCAGCUGCGCUGUGCCUUCAGCAAGAAUACCAGGAGUAUAAUAAAAGUGAUUAAUGAGAGACAGGCACAAAUAGUUUAAAAAACAGGGAGGGCAGCCAGCAUAGACACCAAGGAACUGUAGUUUUAGAUGAAACUUCAGAACCAAGUCCUGUCUGUGUGCUGUGGUUGGGGAUUGCCAGUGAAGGAUUUUUUGUUCAGGAAUGGGGUUUUGUGCCUGCAAGCCUAACGAAACUUGGCUAUCGAGUCAGAGCACAGACUGUUCUUUUCUCCAUCCUAAGCUGUGCUUUUAGGGGCCAGGAGGAUGAUGUCUUUCUCUUUAUUAACUACACUGAGAAUAUUACUAGAUGACUGGGGGACUUCACUAAGGCUUAUUUUGCUUUCUGAUGCUUUACACAGCUCUUCUUGCAGACUGUUUUAUCCUAAUGAUCCGCUGAAGAUUGUAAAGGCAAGAGGCCAGUACAUGUAUGAUGAGAAUGGAAGACAAUACCUUGACUGCAUAAACAACGUUGCUCAUGUUGGACAUUGUCACCCCGAUGUAGUAAAAGCAGCCCAUGAACAAAACCAAUUGCUAAAUACAAAUUCUCGUUAUCUUCAUGACAACUUGACUGAUUAUGCAGAGAGACUUUCAGAAAAGCUGCCUGAGAAGUUGUGCACCUUUUAUUUCUUGAAUUCUGGAUCUGAGGCUAAUGAUCUUGCCCUAAGACUGGCACGACAGUUUACAAAGCAUGAGGACGUUAUAGUUCUAGACCAUGCUUACCAUGGACAUCUGACAUCCCUGAUUGACAUAAGCCCAUAUAAAUUCAGAAAUCUAGAAGGACAGAAGGAAUGGGUCCACGUGGCUCCUGUUCCAGACACAUACAGGGGACUAUACAGAGAGGACCAUGAAGAUCCAGCAACAGCCUAUGCUAAUGAAGUAGAAAAUAUUAUUAAGCAAGCACAUAAGAAAGGCAGAAAGAUUGCUGCGUUUUUUGCUGAAUCUCUGCCAAGCGUCGGUGGUCAGAUCAUCCCACCAGAAGGCUACUUCCACAAAGUUGCAGAGCACGUGCACAAGGCAGGAGGUGUAUUUGUUGCUGAUGAAAUUCAGGUCGGCUUUGGCAGGGUUGGCAAGCACUUUUGGGCAUUCCAGCUUCAGGGAGAAGAGUUUAUACCUGACAUAGUCACUAUGGGGAAACCUAUAGGUAAUGGGCACCCUAUUGCCUGCGUAGCAACAACAAAAGAAAUCGCAGAAGCAUUUGCAGCCACAGGAGUCGAGUAUUUCAACACAUUUGGAGGAAACCCUGUUUCAUGUGCCAUUGGAUUAGCUGUUCUGGAUGUGAUAGAGAAGGAACAGCUUCAGGUUCAUGCCACAGAAGUUGGCAACUUCUUGAUGAAGCUACUCGUGGAGCAAAAAAUCAAGCACCCCAUCAUUGGUGAUGUCAGAGGUUCUGGCCUAUUCAUUGGAGUGGACUUAAUUAAAGAUCAAGCAAAAAGGACCCCAGCCACAGAAGAAGCAGAGUAUUUAAUAACAAGGCUUAAGGAAGAAUAUAUUCUACUGAGUACAGAUGGGCCAGGAAGAAACGUACUUAAAUUCAAGCCCCCCAUGUGUUUCGCUAUGGAGGAUGCAAAAUUUGUAGUGGACACCAUUGACAAGCUUUUAACAGAUAUGGAAAAAGAACAUCUGAACCAGGAGAAAACAUCCAUUGGCUCAACCUAAGCAGCACUGCUCAAACCUAGCCACCUAGGAAAGCCAGAGGUUAUUCUAGAGGCAAAGGUGUUCAUGCUGUGCUCCCUGUCACGCAGCCAGUAUUACUGCACAUCCAGAAGCAUCUGAUUUAUCAUGCUGCUCAGGCCAAGGUAAGUCAGUCACUACCUGCCAUUCAAGCCAGCUACUGCUAUCAGAGCACUUUAUGCCACCCCUUCCCCACCAUCAGUUUCCUCACAGGAAAGUGGGGAGGUCACCUCAGCAUAGCCACUACUGCCUGCAGGGUGGCUACAAGGCUGUCCCCCAGUCUGCACAAACUCUAGGACUAAGCUGCUGAACUGCUUCACCUGAGCUGCACUGACUGAAGAGCUACCAACAAGGCUGAAAAAUAAGCCAAAUGAGUUUUCCUGGCAGUCUUCAUGCAGCCUGUACUAUGAGUAUGUUGGACUGUGAAGUACACUUAACCAACAGUUGAAAACAUAACUAUUUGUAGUAUUGGAGAAGUUAAAAAUAACUGGAAUUAAAAGUUCCAGGACUGGCCCCCAAGCUCUAUUUCAAGUUAUCAGCCAGCUUCUACUUCCUAGAUCUGUGUAUGGUUGGAGAUGAAGCAGUGAGAGGAACACCACCCUGCGAUGGUACCUCAGGAAACUUUGCUUAGAAUUCUUCACACUGGAUCCUGCUUUAAGGUAAGGUGCUGGUUUUAUUAUCUUAAGAUAAAAACAAGCCACAGAUGCGAGACUUAAUGAUAUGAUUUCUCAGUUCUUCUCACACCCAAUCCUUUGCCUCUUUAUGAACUUUAUGGCUAACUACAGAGUCUGGCCAACCAAAUGAACAGGUAAUAAUCAAAGCUUUACUCUGUGUUGCGUAAAGUAAUCUUGUCUUAAUCUACAUGCAAUGCAAGUUAUUAUGUGGGGCUGUAUGAAAAGUUCUGAUAGGACUCUGAAGUUAGUGUAUGGAUGGUUAGCACUGAGCACAAAGCAAAAGAGGGACACCUUCCAGCCAGUACAUCAUUUGCCUCCAGUCCUCAUAAGCUUGACACCUUAACCUGUAUUAGCUGCUCCCACAGAUAAGCAGCAUCAGACAACCAGAGCAUCUCACACCACUGUUACAGUGGUUCUCACAGACAGCUGAUGAGGUUCAAGGGGCCCUUCAGCGUAAGGCACCAGUAAGCCUUGAAUUUAUGCAAUUACUUUAUGAUGAAAAAUAGAACAUGAAUCUACUCAGAUGGCUUAUACCACCAUACUGAUAUAUAAACAAGCCAGUUUUUCCAUACAUAUGUAAUUAUAUUAAUUAAAUCCUUUACUUAUAAAAGCCCAGAGCACUUAAUAAAUAUUAAAGCCGCAAAUACUGGCAAAGAACCUUAGCAGCUUCUGUGGCUGAACACAGAGCAGAAAAUAAUACAGCAAAUUGCACGCUAUCCUUAUUGAAUUUUGAGUACUCUGGAAUCAUAGUUUUACAAAAUCUUUUUCAGAGUAAAGACAGUGGUAUUCUGCUUAACAGCCUGGUCAAAGAUUCACAGAUCUAAGU